CUUCAGGCAAAUCACGACUUUGUUCAAUCGCAAGCAAGCAAACAAACAAAGACAUCGUCAACGGCAAAAAACAAUCAGAAAGCACUCACCAGUAAUCCACAAAGAACAGAAUGCAUUGGCUUUCAUGGACAGGAUGGGUGGUAGUGGCAGCAAUGAUGGGCAUAGAUCAAGCGGCGGCCCAAGGUAGCAGCACCCCGGUGACGGACGUCGACACGGGCUUCGUCUUUGCCGCAUACUCGGGUCGAUACGACACAUCAAACGGCGCGAUCCAGUUCCGAGUGGCCGUGCCGAGCGGGGUCGCGGCAAAUGAGCCCUACGAUGCCGUGAUACAGGUUGCAGCGCCGAGAGCUGUAGGCUGGGCAGGCGUGGCUUGGGGAGGAAGCAUGACCUACAAUCCGCUGACGGUGAUGUGGCCGAGCGGACAGACGGUCGUGUUGAGCUCGCGAUGGGCUACCGCACACGCGGCACCAGCACCGUACCCAGACCCGACCUACCAGGUGUUCCAGACCGGUACUCGCGUCAACAGCACGCACUGGCAGAUAACGGCCAAGUGCAGCGGUUGCACAUCGUUUCAGGGCCGCGCCGGAGCGGCGCCUACUUGGCUUCGGCCGACUGGGUCCAACAGGUUGGCGUUUGCAAUGGCCAGGACGGCUCCAAGCCAGCCGGGGUCAAACACGAGCGCAAUACCGUAUCACGAGGUCCACCAGUACUGGAACACAGACUUUGGCAGUGCGCAAAACGUAAACUUUGACGAGUUGGUGGAGCGGAAUUUGUAGACUUUGUCGUUGUUGUGGUUCGUGAUUUAGGUACUGAGAGACGGAAGGUGGCAAGGCAUACAAAGUUAGAAAUUUGGUUCAGAAAGCAAGGCGAUACAGGUUACAUUGGCAUCCAUCCCCCCGCUCUGC